AUGUGGUCCAAGGCCCUCGUCGCCGUGGCGGCCCUCGCCCUUACCCCCGUCAACGCCAUAUGGCCCAUCCCCAGAGAAAUCUCCACGGGAGAGAAAGCUCUCUUCAUUGACCAGAGCCUCGAGAUCACCUACAAUGGGGACUUUGUACGCUGGACUUCUCCUCUCCCUGGAUUUGUUGAGCAUCCGGACACUAAGACCAUGUUUGACGAGCAGAUGCCCUAUACUUACCAGUACUCACCAGCCGCUGGUUCAGACUUUAGCAGCAAGCAGAUCGUCCAGGCCGGUGUCUCACGCGCCCUACAGGCCAUCUUCAAGGACAACUUUGUCCCCUGGAAGCUCCGUCCGCGCAAUUCUGACUUUGAGCCUGCCCUGGGUGACAAGAAGUGGGUUAAGUCGCUCGAGAUCACCCAGACUGAGGAAGACGACAAGGCCACCUUCAAGCCGCUAGCCGGCGAGGUCGACGAGUCCUACACGCUCACCCUGUCUGAGAAUGGCGAGGCUGUCAUCAAGGCCAAGUCUUCCACUGGUUGCCUGCACGGCCUCGAGACCUUUGUCCAGCUCUUCUUCAAGCACAGCUCCGGCACCUCUUGGUACACUCCACACGCCCCCGUCACCAUCAAGGAUGAGCCCGUCUACCCUCAUCGAGGCAUCCUUCUCGAUACUGCCCGCUGCUUCUUCGAGGUCGAGCACAUCAAGCGCACCAUUGACGCCAUGGCCUGGAACAAGCUGAACCGACUGCACCUCCACAUCACUGAUUCGCAGUCCUGGCCUCUUGAGAUCCCUGCUCUGCCCAAGCUGGCCGAGGAGGGUGCCUACCGCAAGGGCCUUUCUUACUCGCCCAAGGAUAUUGCUGACAUUUACGAGUACGGAAUUCACCGUGGAGUCGAGGUGGUGAUGGAGAUUGACAUGCCCGGCCACAUUGGCGUCGUCGAGCUAGCCUACAAGGACCUUAUUGUUGCGUACAACGAGAAGCCCUACCAGUGGUGGUGCAAGCAGCCUCCUUGCGGCGCGUUCCGCAUGAACAGCAGCGAUGUGUACGACUUCCUCGACACACUGUUUGGUGAUCUCUUCCCCCGCAUCUCGCCCUACACGGCCUACUUCCACACUGGUGGAGAUGAGCUUAACCACAACGACUCGAUGCUCGACCCAGGCGUUCGAUCCAACGAGACUGAAGUACUGGCUCCUCUGCUCCAAAAGUUCCUCGACUACGCGCACGGAAAGGUCCGCGACGCUGGCCUCACACCCCUGGUGUGGGAGGAGAUGAUCACUGAGUGGAACAUGACCCUAGGCAAGGACGUCGUUGUUCAGUCCUGGCUGGGCGGUACCGCUGUCAAGGACCUGGUUGCGGCUGGCCACAAGGUUAUUGACAGCGAUUACAACUUCUGGUACCUCGACUGUGGCCGAGGCCAGUGGCUCAACUUUGACAACGGCCAGUCCUUCCAGACAUUCUACCCCUUUAACGACUGGUGCGGCCCCAGCAAGAACUGGCGCCUCAUCUACUCGCACGACCCCCGAGCAGGCCUGUCUGAGGAGGAAGCGAAGCUCGUCCUCGGCGGCGAGGUGGCAGUUUGGUCCGAGACUAUUGACAGCGUCAACCUCGACUCCCUGGUGUGGCCGCGUGCAGGCGCUGCAGGCGAGGUCCUCUGGUCGGGCCGUACCGACGCCUCUGGCAAGAACCGGACACAGUAUGAUGCCGCACCACGACUGGCCGAGAUGCGAGAGCGCAUGGUUGCCCGUGGUGGCGGUCCGGAAGAGUGUGCUUAUUUCGAGCCCUAG